AUGAGAGCCAGGCCUGGGCCAGAGGAGGUCGACAGAGCGUUGGACACAUUCGUAGCAGACGCCUCCAUCAAAGUCAUGGUCAUCUACUUAGACCCCCACAGAGGACCACGGGUAGAGUACGCCAUGCCUUCUCAGGUGACAGAGCAGCUGGUCUACUUCAUCCGCACAUUGGAGGCACCAAUCACAGAAGAGACGUUUGAAAUAGCCGUGCAGUUUGGCACGGUGCGUGGCAAUGCCACAGAGGCCCUGCUGCGGCUGAUGAAUGGCGUGCAUGCCCCGCUGGUCACCCAAAGCUCUGCCUGGACAGGGCACAAGAAUUUAUUCACUGCCCCCAUGCACUCCUUCCUCAUUAACCUCACAGACACCAGAUUCAAGGAGGUGAACAAGACUGUGCUGUACAUUCCAUUGGAGGCCCUGCAGCAAAGCCCUGAGGAGGCCAGCAAGGACAAGGAGCUAGUGCAGAGACUAGAGAUCGUGGUAAUACACUGGACAAGGCAGAUCAAGGAGGUGCUGAAUGCCCAGCAGGCAGUGGUGAUAGGCCAAAGCUUGGGUCCCCUGGAGGAGAUCAGCUUCUGGAGGAGACGUGGCACUGACCUGUUGGGUAUCAGCCGACAGCUGCAGAAGCCUGAAGUCAGACUCAUCCAGAACACCCUGCAGCUCUCCAAGUCCUCCUACAUAACAUCCUUCUGUAAACUGGCCGAGGAGAUACAGGAUAGCUCUCUGCAGGCCCAGUCCAACAUGUCCUUCUUGUCCAUACUAAAGGAGCCUUGCAAAGAGCUGGCCCAGCUACACCCCAACCAGGUGGCCCCCAAGCUCCAACACAUCAUUAACCUCAUCCGCAUCAUCUGGGUCAACUCCCCCUUCUACAACACCACAGAGAGGAUUACAGCUCUCUUCCGCAAGAUGAGUAAUGAGAUCAUCCGCCUGUGCUGUCGAAGCAUCUCUCUGGACGGGAUCUUUGAGGGCUAUGUUCUCUCCAGCAAGCAGACCCUUACAGAAUGCAUCGACUGCUGCCUGGCCUGGAAGGAAGCUUACCUGCAGACUUCACAGAGGCACCACAAGUACUCUCCUCAAGGCUGGGUUGCUGACUGGACCAGCAUCUUUGCCCAGGUUGAUGCCUUUGUUCAAAGGUGCAAAGAACUUCUUGAGGUGUGCGACUGCCAGCAGCAGUUUGCCCGUUUUGAGGAAGGCCAGCAGCUGGACCUGCCGUGCUUCCCAGGUUGCCUUGGGCCUGAGGUUACCCGUAGCCUGCUGGAGAUGGAGAACACCUUCCGCCGCAACCUCCAGACCCUGGCCUCUGCUGGGAAAGGCAUCCUCGAUGUCAAGAACACUGCCUGGCACGAUGACUACAACAGGUUUCGUGCCUCGGUUAAGGAUUUGGAGGUGAGCUUGCAGAACCUGAUCAAUUUGACAUUCAAGACGGUGAAAACGGUGGAGGAGGGAGUUCAGCUGCUGGACGCCUUUCAUCACUUGUACGCCCGAGAGGCCAUCAAGCGGACCUUAGAUAGGAAGACAGUGCAGGUGUACACCAUCUUUAAUAACGAGCUCAACCUGGUCAAUAAUGAGCUGAGCCAGAAGGCCAGAGAUACUCCCACCCACAUAGAUCGGGCCCGCUGGGCCCGAAUCCUUCGACGCCGCAUAGAGAACCCCAUGGAGGUGCUCCGGUGGGCCCACUUCCUGCCCAAGACAGAGAUCUGCAGUGAGGUGCACCUGGCCUAUAGCCAGCUGGUCGAGAUACUGGAUGAGCUGCUGAGGAAGAGCUUCAGUGAGUGGAGCCAGGGCCUGGACAGAGAGAGCUUCAAGAGGCUGGACCAGCCCCUCAUGGUGCGGAGCAGAGAGAACACUGCCAUACUGGAUGUCAAUUUUGACCAGAAACUGCUGAAAAUGUUCUCUGAGAUCAAUUACUGGGAGCGUCUGGGCUUUGAGAUUCCCCACUACGUGAUCAAUCUCUACCAGCGCAGGGAGGACCUCAGGGUGCUCCGGGAGAAUGUUCUGCUGCUAGUCCAGGACCACAGCAGGAUGAUAGCAGACCUGCCUGCUGAUGAGCUUGGCUUGUUCCGGGAGCACAUCCGCUUUUUGGAUAAGAAGUUCCAGCCGGGGCUCACCAAGCUACUGUGGUCAUCCAAAGGAGCCUCCAACCUUUUCAUCAGUGACUGUCGUCAGCACAUCGCCAAGGUUCAGUUGAUAGUGCAUGAGUACAAGGUAGCCUACCUGGCCAUCUCUGGACUCUGUCAGCAGAUCAGUGAAGCCUUGCUGUUUCGUGUGGAUGGCAAGACUGUGUUUAGGGAUCUGGAGUUUGACAACAACCAGAAGGCCCACCAACAGCGCCAGCUCCAGAAGCUGUGCUCAGCACACCGGGAAAUCGUGGAAAUUAUGACCCACGUCUACGACACCUUCUGCAGCGCUGGACCUGAGGUUCAGCAGCACUGGGUGACCCACACUGAGAAGGUGGAUCGUAUGGUGGAGGAGGCCCUGCGACUCAACAUCAAGUGGUCUCUGCAAGAGCUCGCCAAGGCCAUCAAUGGGGACAGCAAGACAUCCCCCAACCCCCUCUUCAUGGUGCAGGUGGUCUUGAGGGAGGAACCCUCAAGGAAAAAGGCCCAGGUGGAGUUCUCCCCCAUGCUAGAGAAGCUGGCACAGAUUGUGAACAACAUCAGUUCUCAGCUGAUCAGCACCAUAUCAAUCUUCAAACGGCUGCCAGACCUCCUCACCAACAAACCCUCACAGAGGAAGCCUAUGCACGUCAUUAUUGAGCAGGAUGAGGAGAUUUCAAAGAUCCAGGCUGCGGUGGCUGAAGGGAUGAUGUCCAAUGCCGCCCACCUGCAGGACUACCUGAAGAUUUGGGACAAACACAAGGAUAUCUGGGAGAUCAACAAGGACUCCUUCAUAAGACGCUACCACAAACAAAACUUAACCGUCUCCUCCUUUGAUGCAGAUAUAAGCAGGUACAUGGAGGUGGCCAACAACAUUCAGAGGGAGGAGAUGUUGCUGAAUAUGGAGUUCGUCUUGCUGGACUGCUCCUCUCUGAAAACCUCCCUGUUGCAUCACUGUUAUGAGUGGCAGGACAAGUUCACACAGCUGCUCAGCCUGAUGGCCACCACCAGCCUCAAAGAGCUGCACAGCUUCCUGCAAGACAAUGCUAAAAGGCUAAGACAGCCCCCUCAGACACUUGUGGAGCUAGAGGAGAGCCUGCAGCUGCUGGAGACUCUCCAAGUAGACCUAGUCAAGACAGAGGCUCAGAUCCCUCUCAUUCAUGAACAGUUUGCAGUCCUGGACAAAUAUGAGUUCACAAUAGAACAGCCUAUGAGGGACCUGCUGAAUGUUCUGAAUGAGGAGUGGGCGUGGUUCCAGCAGGUGAUGAUUGACAGCGAUAUCAUGCUGAAUAAGGACAAGGACAAGUUCAAGAACCGCCUCGUUCUCUCAGCUGAGGAAUUCAAGAAGAAAACACAGGCCGCCUUGCAGGAGUUUAACAGGACAGGUCCGUUUGACAGUGCACUGAGCAGUGAGUUGGCUUUCGAGCAGAUCUUGGUGUUCCGCAGCCAGCUGGACACCCUGAAACAGGAGGAUGCCACCAUCCGCCAUGGCCUGGGCCUCUUCAAGAUGAGCCAGCCUCCUUCCCAUGAUAUUGAGUGCAUGGAGAAGGACCUAAACUAUCUCCAGCAGGUGUGGGAGAUCACAAAGGAGUGGGACUCCAACUGGAUUAAGUGGAAAACAGGCCAGUUUGCCACCCUGCAGACAGAGACCAUGGAGAGCACCACACAAGCCAUGUUUAAGAAGCUCCACAAACUCAGCCGAGAACUCAAGGACAAGCAGUGGGACAUAGUGGAUUUUUCCAAGAACCAGAUCGACAAGUUCAAGAGGACCAUCCCUCUCAUCACUGACCUCAGAAAUCCUGCCUUGAGAGACAGGCACUGGAACCAGAUCCAGCAUGAGCUGCAGUGUUCCUUCAAUCAGAGCAGUGCUGAGUUCACCCUGGAGAAGAUUGCCUCCCUGGCCCUGGACCAACAUGCAGACAGGAUCUCUGAAAUCUCUGGGGCCGCCAGCAAAGAGCACUCCAUAGAGCAGGGUCUUCAGGGCAUCGCUAGGACCUGGGAGGACAUGUCCCUGGACAUCGCACCUUACAAAGACAAAGGCCAUUACCGCCUGAGCGGGACCGAGGAAGUGUUCCAGGCCCUGGAGGACGACCAGGUCACCCUAUCCACCUUAAAGGCAUCUCGCUUUGUCAAGGCCUUUGAGAAGGAGGUGGACCAUUGGGAACGCCGCCUCUCCCUGGUGGUGGAGGUCAUUGAGAUGAUACUAACUGUGCAGCGUCAGUGGAUUUACCUGGAGAACAUCUUCCUGGGAGAGGACAUAAGGAAGCAGCUGCCUCGGGAAUGCAAGGAAUUUGAGGACAUCAACUCCAGCUGGAAGACAAUCAUGGACUGGCUCCACAAAGACAGCAAUGCCCUGAGGGGGACACACCACCCCAGCCUGCUUGAGAAGCUUUGGCAAAUGAAUAGCAAGCUGGAGGAGAUCCAAAAGACACUGGACAUGUACCUGGAGACCAAGAGAAGGAUCUUCCCCAGGUUCUACUUCCUGUCCAACGAGGACCUGCUGGAGAUCCUGGGGCAGUCACGCAACCCCAGUGCUGUACAGCCCCACCUCAAGAAGUGCUUUGACAACAUCAGGAGUCUGCGCAUCUCAAAGGUGGGAAUCGGCAGCAAUAAAUCUGAGGCCAAUGGGAUGUUCUCUGCUGAUGGGGAGUUCGUCCAGUUUACCCAUUCUGUAUCUCUGGAGAGACCUGUUGAGAUCUGGCUUUGUGACAUUGAGAAGAGCAUGCAGAGUACACUGAGAGACUGCCUGAGACACUGCCGUUUAGCCCUCAAGAAGAUGACAGGGAAGAGAGACAAAUGGGUCAGAGACUGGCCCGGACAGAUGGCGAUCACAGCCAGUCAAAUUCAGUGGACCACUGAUGUCACCAAAUCACUGAUGACCAGCAAGGAGUGUACUGACAAGUCUGCUCUCAAGUCCAUGAAAAAGAAACAGGCGUCCAUGCUUCACCAGUAUUCAGCAGCCAUUCGUGGGAACCUUUCCAAGAUCCUGCGUCUGAAGAUUGUGGCUCUGGUCAUAGUGGAGGUCCAUGCCCGCGAUGUCAUUGACAAGCUGGAGAAAGUGGGCUGUAACGACAUCAGUGCCUUUGACUGGCUGUGCCAGCUACGGCUCUACUGGGAGAAGGACAUGGAUGACUGCAUUAUACGACAGACCAACACACACUUCAAGUAUGGUUAUGAGUAUCUGGGCAACUCUGGAAGGCUGGUCAUCACCCCCCUCACUGACAGGUGUUACAUGACACUGACCACAGCACUCUACCUUCACCGUGGGGGCUCUCCAAAAGGUCCUGCCGGCACAGGGAAGACAGAGACAGUCAAGGACCUGGGCAAGGCUCUGGGGAUGUAUGUCAUUGUUGUCAACUGCUCUGAAGGACUUGACUACAAGUCCAUGGGACGCAUGUACUCUGGCCUGGCCCAGACAGGAGCCUGGGGCUGCUUUGAUGAGUUUAACCGUAUCAACAUUGAGGUGCUCUCAGUGGUUGCUCAGCAGAUCCUCUCCAUCCUGUCUGCUCUCUCAGCUGCACACACCAGCUUCGUUUUUGAAGGACAGGAGAUACGCCUCAUCUGGUCAUGUGGCAUCUUCAUUACCAUGAACCCUGGCUACGCUGGUCGCACUGAGCUACCAGACAACCUCAAGUCCAUGUUCAGACCCAUCGCCAUGGUUGCACCUGAUUCCACUCUCAUCGCUGAGAUUACGCUUUUUGGAGAGGGCUUCAACAACUGCAGGGUCCUGGCUAAGAAGGUGUUCACUCUCUACUCUCUGGCGGUGCAGCAGCUCUCCAAACAGGACCACUAUGACUUUGGCCUACGUGCGCUUACUUCCUUGCUUCGCUACGCUGGCAAGAAGAGACGGACCUGCCCCAAUCUGGCUGGGGAAGAGAUCCUGCUAAUGUGUAUGAAGGACAUGAACAUCGCCAAGCUGACGUCUGCUGACCUGCCACUUUUCAAUGGUAUCAUCCUGGACUUGUUCCCUGCUGUGGAAACCCCAUCCAUGGACUAUGGCAAGCUAAGGGAGACUGUUGAGGAGGUGCUUCAGCAGAGCGGCCUGCAGGUGACUCCUCUUACCAUGAGCAAGGUCAUCCAGCUGUAUGAGACCAAAAACUCCAGGCACUCCUCAAUGCUGGUGGGCAAGUCUGGCAGCGGCAAAACUGUCACCUGGAGGACCUUGCAGAAGGCCCUCACUGCCUUGCACCGCAAGGGAGUGGCGGGUUUCCAGUUGGUCCGGGUGUACCCGCUGAAUCCCAAGGCGGUGAGCCUGGGAGAGUUAUACGGGGAGAAUGACCUCUCCACCAAUGAGUGGACUGACGGAGUGCUGUCCUCCCUCAUGAGAGCUGCCUGUGCAGAUGAGAAGCCAGAUGAGAAAUGGAUUGUGUUCGACGGGCCUGUGGACACACUCUGGAUUGAGAGCAUGAACUCAGUCAUGGACGACAACAAGGUGCUCACCCUCAUCAAUGGAGAGAGAAUAUCUAUGCCUGAAGAGGUGUCUCUGCUGUUUGAGGUGGAGAACUUGGCGGUGGCCUCUCCAGCUACAGUGUCCCGCUGCGGGAUGGUCUACAACGACUACUCCGAUUUAGGAUGGAAGCCCUACGUUCAUUCCUGGCUUCACAACAGACCCAAGGCUGAGGUGGACCAUCUGAAGCGACUGUUUGAGAAGUUCACAGAGAAAACGCUGGCUUUUAAGAAGAGCAACUGUAAGGAACUGGUCCCCAUUACAGAGCUCAAUGGGGUCACAUCUCUCUGCCGCCUCUACGAUGCCCUGGCCACACCUAACAACGGGGUGAACCCAUUGGAGGGAGAAUACCAUGGCCAGAUGGUGGAGCUCUGGUUCAUCUUCAGCCUCAUCUGGUCCAUCUUUGCUGCUGUUGAUGAGGACGGACGCAAGAAGGUUGACUACUUCCUACGGGAGAUGGAGGGCACCUUCCCCAACAAGGACACGGUCUAUGAGUAUUAUGUGGACACCAAAAACAAAUGCUGGGCUUCUUUUGAAGAGAAGCUGCCAAAGGGCUGGCGUUAUACUGCCAAAGCUCCAUUCUAUAAGAUCAUGGUUCCAACAGUGGACACCAUCAGGUAUAAUUUCCUAGUCAAGGCUCUGGUGAUUGGUCAGUACCCAGUGCUGCUAACUGGACCAGUGGGCACAGGGAAGACAUCUUUGGCCCAGACCGUCUUACAAAGCUUGGACACCUCCAGUUGGGCCGUACUCACAGUCAACAUGUCCUCCCAGACCACCUCUAAUGAUUUGCAAGUCAUCAUCGAGAGCCGAGUGGAGAAGAGAACCAAGAGCGUGUAUGUGCCGGCAGGUGGGAAGCGCAUGCUCUGCUUCCUGGAUGACCUGAACAUGCCAGCAUAUGACCAGUUCGGCUCCCAGCCACCACUAGAGCUGUUGCGCCUCUGGGUCGACUACGGCUUCUGGUACGACCGGAAGAAACAAACCCUUAAGUGUGUCAAGGACAUGUUCUUGUUAGCGUCCAUGGGGCCCCCUGGUGGGGGGAGGACUCACAUCUCUGGCCGCCUACAGAGUUGCUUCAACCUCAUCAACAUGACCUCCCCUGCUGAGUCUCAGAUCAAGUGCAUCUACGGCACCAUGAUCAGCCAGAAGCUCCAGGAGUUUGAGGAGAGGGUGAAGCCUAUCGGAGAGGUCCUGACUCAGGCCACCUUAGAGCUCUACUAUGCCGUUGUAGCACGCUUCCUGCCCACCCCUGCCAAGAUACACUACCUCUUCAACCUCAGGGACAUCUCCAAGGUUUUUCAGGGCCUGAUGCGAGCUCACAGAGACUUCCAUGACACCAAGCAGAGCAUCACCAGACUUUGGAUCCAUGAGUGCUUCAGGGUUUUCUCUGAUCGGCUCAUAGACCACAGUGAUGCCGAGGCCUUUGUUGGUCUGCUGGCUGAAAAACUGGCAUCAGUCUUCGAUCUCACCUACCAUAACAUCUGCCCCAACAGACAACCUCCAGUGUUUGGUGACUUCAUGCAGGAGCCUCGUGUGUAUGAGGAUCUGCUGGACACAAGGAAGCUGAAGACCUUCAUGGAGACCCAGCUGGAGGAUUACAACCUGACACCUGGUGUAGUGCCAAUGAGCCUGGUGCUCUUCAAAGAUGCCACUGAGCACAUAACCCGUGUGGUGCGUGUGAUCAGCCAGCCCAGAGGCAACAUGCUGCUGGUUGGUGUUGGGGGGUCAGGCAGACAGAGUCUGUCAAAGAUGGCCGCCUACAUCUGUGAGUACCAAGUGUUCCAGGUGGAGGUCACUAAACAGUACCGCAAACAGGAGUUCAGAGACGAUAUCAAAAGGCUGUAUCGUCUGACCGGUGUGGACAACAAGCCCACCGUGUUUCUGUUCAACGACACCCAGAUUGUAGUUGAGUCCUUCCUGGAAGACAUUAACAACAUCCUGAGUUCUGGAGAGGUGCCAAACCUGUACAAGCAGGACGAGUUUGAUGAGGUGUGUAGCGCCUUGUCAGACUCUGCCAGGAGGGACAAUGUGACAGAAACGCAUGACGCCAUGUUCGCCUACCUGAUAGAGCGAGUCAGGAACAACCUGCACAUCGUGCUCUGUAUGAGUCCAGUGGGUGAGCCCUUCAGGAACCGUAUUCGUCAGUACCCGGCAUUGAUCAACUGCACCACCAUCGACUGGUUCUGUGAGUGGCCCAGAGACGCACUGCUAGAGGUGGCUGAGCGGUACCUGGAUGGACUGGCUCUGGGUUCAGCAGAGGGGAUCCAGACCAAGGUGGCUAGUAUCUUUGUGACCAUUCACCAGUCGGUGGCCCAAUUCUCCCAGAAGAUGAAAGUGGAGCUGAGGAGACACAACUAUGUGACCCCUACCAACUACCUGGAGCUGGUGUCUGAAUAUAAGAAACUGCUGGCAGAGAAGCGCAGCGAACUAGGGGAGCAGCUUAACAAACUGCGCAAUGGCCUGUCAAAGAUCGACGAUACCCGGGAGAAGGUAGAGACCAUGUCAGUAGAGCUGGAGGAGGCCAAGAAGAAGGUGGCUGAGUUUCAGAAGCAGUGUGAGGAGUACCUGGUUGUCAUCGCCCAACAGAAGAGGGAGGCUGAUGAGCAGCAGAAGGCUGUAAGUGCCCAUAGUGAAAAGAUCGGCGCAGAGGAGGUGAAAUGUAAGGCCAUGGCUGAAAAUGCCCAGAGAGACCUGGACGAAGCCCUGCCUGCCCUGGAGGAGGCUAUGAAGGCCCUGGAGUCUCUGAAUAAAAAGGACAUGACUGAGAUCAAGUCAUAUGGCCGUCCCCCAGCACUGGUGGAGACGGUGAUGCAGGCUGUCAUGAUCCUCCAGGGCAAGGAGCCCACCUGGGCAGAGGCUAAGAGGCAGCUGGGUGAGGGGAACUUCAUCAAGACACUGGUUCACUUUGACAAGGACAACAUCUCGGACGGCGUACUGAAAAAAAUAGGCGUGUACUGCACCCAGGCUGACUUCCAGCCAGAGAUCAUUGGCAGGGUGUCACUGGCCGCCAAGUCCCUCUGCAUGUGGGUCAGAGCCAUGGAGGUAUACGGACGUAUUUACAGGGUGGUGGAGCCGAAGCGCAUCCGCGUGCAUGAAGCCAUGGCACAGCUGGCAGAGAAACAAGCCGCCCUGGUAGAGGCCCAGAGGAAACUACGAGAGGUUGGUGAGAAACUAGAACAGCUGAAAAGGCAGUAUGAUGAGAAGCUGGCUACCAAAGAGGAUUUGAGGAGAAAGUUGCAGGAUACAGAACUCAAAUUGGAACGUGCAGGGGAACUGGUAUCUGGACUGGCUGGGGAAAGGGCCCGCUGGGAAGAGACAGUGGCUGGUCUCGAGGAGAACAUGGGCUACCUGGUGGGAGACUGUCUGCUGGCUGCCUCCUGUCUCUCCUACAUGGGACCCUUUCUGUCCAACUACAGGGACGAGCUAUUAGCCAUCUGGAUAAAGGAGGUGCGUGAGUUAGAGGUACCAUGUUCUCCAAGGUUUUCUUUUGCGAUGUUUCUGUCCAAACCCACUGUGGUGAGAGACUGGAACAUCCAAGGCCUCCCCUCAGAUGCCUUCUCCACUGAAAACGGGGUCAUUGUCACCCGCAGUAACCGAUGGCCACUGGUGGUGGACCCCCAAGGUCAAGCUCUGAAGUGGAUCAAGAAUAUGGAGAUGAAGAGAGGUCUGAAGGUGAUAGACCUGCAGAUGCCUGACUUCCUGUGGACGCUGGAGAACGCAGUCCAGUUUGGGAACCCAGUUCUACUGCAAAAUGUCCAGGAGGAACUUGACCCCUCACUGGCACCCAUACUCAACAAGUCCCUCACACAAAUCGGUGGCAGACUGCUGAUGAAGCUUGGUGAUAGGGAGGUGGAGUACAGUCCAGAGUUCCGUUUUUACAUCACCACCAAGCUGUCCAACCCCCACUACACCCCCGAGAUUUCCGGCAAGACCACUAUUGUCAACUUUGCUGUCAAGGAGCAGGGUCUAGAGGCCCAGCUGCUUGGCAUCGUGGUGCGUAAGGAGCGUCCAGAGCUGGAGGAGCAGAAAGUUUCUUUGGUGAUCAACAUUGCCUCUAGCAAGAGAAAAUUGCAGGAGCUAGAGGAUGAGAUCCUCAGGCUGUUGAAUGAGGCCACAGGCUCCCUCCUGGAUGACGCGCAGCUGGUGAAUACCCUGCAGACAUCCAAGGUGACAGCCAGUGAGGUGUCCGUCCAACUGAAGAGCAGCGAGCAGACUGAGAUCAAGAUUGACGCUGCCCGAGAGGGUUACCAUCCGUGUGCCCAGCGUGCAUCCAUCCUGUUCUUUGUGUUGAAUGACAUGAGCCGCAUUGAUCCUAUGUACCAGUUCUCCCUUGAUGCCUACAUCGAUCUUUUCAACCUCAGCAUGGAGAAAAGCAGGCGCAGCCACAAGCUAGAGGAGAGGAUUGCCAGCCUCAAUGACUACCACACCUAUGCUGUGUACAGGUACACCUGUCGUGGUCUUUUUGAGGCCCAUAAACUGCUCUUCAGCUUUCAUUUGUGCGCUAAGAUCAUGGAGGUGGCUGGCAAGCUCAACAUGGACGAGUACAGCUUUUAUCUCCGGGGGGGGCUGGUGUUGGACAAGGAGGGUCAGAUGCGCAACCCUUGUACCAGCUGGCUGGCCGACUCCAGCUGGGACAACAUCACAGAACUGGACAAGCUCCCCAACUUCCAUGGCAUCAUGGCCUCCUUUGAGCACUACCCCAGAGACUGGAACCAGUGGUACAUCAGCCCUGAGCCAGAGAAGGCUGAGCUACCAGGUGAGUGGGAGAGCAGCUGUAACGAGCUCCAGAGGAUGCUGAUCGUACGCUCGCUACGUCAGGACCGCGUCUCCUCCUGUGUCACCUCCUUCAUCGUUAACAACCUGGGCUCCCGCUUCGUGGAGCCGCCAGUCCUCGACAUGAGAGCCGUCAUGGAAGACUCUACCACCAGGACUCCUCUGAUCUUUGUGCUGUCACCCGGUGUUGACCCCACAGGAGCCCUCAUGCAGCUGGCAGAGGCCUCAGAUAUGGGCAAGCGCUUCCACACCCUCUCCCUGGGCCAGGGACAGGCACCCAAUGCCACACGCAUGAUCGAGGAGGGAGUCAAGAACGGUCACUGGGUGUUCCUGGCCAACUGUCACUUGUCUUUGUCUUGGAUGCCUGAGCUGGACAAGCUGGUAGAGCAACUCCAGGUACAGGAGCCCCACCCAGACUUCAGGCUGUGGCUCAGUUCCUCGCCACACCCUGACUUCCCCAUUGCCAUCCUGCAGGCAGGCAUCAAGAUGACCACAGAGCCACCCAAGGGUGUGAAGGCCAACAUGAAGCGUCUUUACAAUCUGCUGACAGAGGCUCAGUUCACCCGGUGCUCGCGGCCCCAUCUCUACAGGAAGCUGCUAUUCUCCCUUUGCUUCUUUCACAGCGUACUGCUGGAAAGGAAGAAAUUCCUACAGCUGGGUUGGAACAUCGUCUAUGGAUUCAAUGACUCAGACUUUGAGGUGAGUGAGAGCCUUCUGAGUUUGUACCUGGAUGAGUAUGAGGAAAUUCCCUGGGACGCCCUAAAGUACCUGAUUGCUGGGGUCAACUAUGGCGGUCACGUGACUGAUGACUGGGACAGUCGCCUGCUCACCACCUACAUCAACGCCUACUUCUGUGAUGCUGCCGUCAGCCAGCCCUUCUUCCAGCUCUCCUCCUUGCUUUCCUACUACAUCCCCCGGGAUGGCCCCCAGUCCUCCUACCAGGAGUACAUAAGCCAGCUGCCACCCAACGAGCAUCCCGAGGUGUUUGGCCAGCACCCCAAUGCCGACAUUGCCAGCCAGAUCGCCAAGACCCAUACUCUGUUCGAUACACUGCUCUCUCUGCAGCCCCAGGUCACCAGCCCCACCGCUGCAGGCACCAGACCUGGCCGAGAGGACAAGGUUCUGGAGCUGUCAGCUGACGUGCUUGAGAAGAUCCCUGCGUUGAUUGACUAUGAAGGCACCAGGACCCUCCUGCAAGACAACUCCUCCCCUCUCAAUAUGGUGCUCCUGCAGGAGAUCCAGAGAUACAAUGGCCUGCUGCAGACCAUCAUGUCUUCCCUGGUAGACUUGGAGAAAGGGAUCAAAGGUUUGAUGGUGAUGUCAUCAAGCUUGGAGGAGACCUUCAACUGCAUCUACGAUGCCCACGUACCACCUCUAUGGGAGAAGGCGUACCCAUCUUUGAAGCCCCUGGCAUCGUGGACCAGGGACCUGUGCCAGCGAGUGGAGCAGUUUGCACGUUGGGCAGAGACGGCCCACCCCCCCAUCCUUUUCUGGCUGUCCGGCUUCACCUUCCCCACCGGCUUCCUCACCGCUGUACUGCAGUCAUCUGCACGACAGCACAAUGUAUCGGUGGACACGCUGUCCUGGGAGUUUACUGUGGCCACGGUGGAUGACAAGAACCUCCUCGUCCCGCCCAAGGACGGCGUGUUCAUCCGGGGCUUGUACCUAGAGGGCGCAGGCUGGGACAAGAAGAAUGCCUGCCUGGUGGAGGCCAAGCCCAUGCAGCUGGUCUGCCCCAUCCCCACCAUCCACUUCAAACCUGUGGAAAACCGCAAGAAGACGGCAAAGAGCACCUACGUAUGUCCAUGCUACUACUUCCCUGUGCGUGCGGGCGGUGCCGGCCAUGCAUCCUUCGUGGUUGGGGUGGAUCUGAAAUCUGGAGCUGUAACUGCAGACCACUGGAUCAAGAGGGGGACUGCCUUGCUCAUGAGCCUUGAUAACUAA